ACCACAGCAGCAGCACUCACCAACUCCAUAUACCUGCUCUACAUGCACCCCAAAGCUCUCUCAAAGCUCCGAGAAGAGUUGGGUGCUGCUACAGGCACAGCAGAAGUUUUAAGUUCUGGAGAACUUGCAAAUUUGCCAUACCUCCGCGCUUGCAUUGAAGAAUCUCUCCGUGUACGACCUGGGAGUUCCUUCGGAAUACCUCGCAUUGUAUUGAAGGGUGGACGGGGAGUUGUUGGUCAGUUUAUUGAUGAAGAUGCUACGGUUUCAGUUCCGACAUACACUUUGUCAAGAGAUCCAAACACGUUGGAGAAUCCGACUAGAUUCGAGCCAGAACGAUGGAUCUCGGGGGAUAAGGACAAAAUGAGUAAAGGGCAGUUCCCAUUCAGAACAGGCCCAAGAGCUUGUAUUGGCAGAAAUAUUGCGUAUUUUGAGCAGAUUUUAGUUAUUGGGACACUUGUCCGGUUGUUUGAUUUUGAAUUCAAGAGUGAGGAUUUCGAGUUGCAGAUACUUGAAAGGUUUAACUUUAGUUUUGGAGAAUUAGUACUUUCUUGCCGGAGACGU